CUCAUCUGAAGUUCAAGAUGCCUCUUUCGUCGAGUCGCGAACGCGCGAAGACGCUAUCACGUGACACUUUAUCCCACUCCGGAAUAGCGCAACGGAAACGCGACAAACGCGAUUUCUCAGAAGCUCAACCAGGCCGCAAACCUCCAACUUGCGAUAUCUUCCUUCUACCAGCACAAAAACCAAUUCCUAUCUGUGCGAAGUAGUUUCCAACAUGGAGGCUUUUAACGAGACGUAUCUCAAUCUCUCCAAGAAGCAUGGCACAACCAGAUUCGCGGAUUCCGGUUGGGGAUGGAAGCCCACCGGCGGCGGCGAUACCUUCACUCUAGAUCAUCAGCAAAUCACCUCCGCGCAAUGGAGUCGGGCAGCUAGAGGCUUCGAGGUCAAGAUGCUUUCACGAGCCGAUGGCGUUAUACAGUUGGAUGGAUUCAAGCAGGAGGAUUUCGAACGCAUCUCGAAGCUCUUCAAGAACUGGUAUGGGAUCAAUCUGGACAGCAGGGAGCACGGCCUGCGCGGUUGGAACUGGGGAAAGGCUGAGUUUGGAAAAGCCGAGCUGACCUUCAACGUCGCGAACCGACCGGCUUUCGAAGUACCCUACACCGAGAUCUCGAACACGAACUUGGCGGGUAAGAAUGAGGUCGCUGUGGACCUGGAGUUGCCCGCCGAUGGCGAUGACACUGGUACCAAUGGACAUCUUGGUGGCGCACGGGGUCGCGGAAAGAAGUCUGGUGGUGCCGUGGACCAGCUCGUCGAGAUGCGUUUCUACAUUCCUGGAGUUGCUUCCAAGAGGGAGAAGAAUGAAGAGGGCGAGGAAGUGUCUGGAGGCGAAGAUGCCGAGGAGCAGAAUGCGGCCAACCUCUUCUACGAGACUUUGAUGGACAAGGCUGAGAUCGGAGAGGUUGCGGGUGAUACAUUCGCUACUUUCUUGGAGAUUCUUCAUUUGACUCCCAGAGGACGAUUCGAUAUCGACAUGUACGAAAACUCGUUCCGCUUGCGAGGAAAGACAUAUGACUACAAGAUCCAGUUCGAGGCCGUCAAGAAGUUCAUGGUUUUGCCCAAGCCUGACGACAUGCACACACUCAUCACCAUCGGCCUCGACCCCCCAUUGCGACAAGGCCAAACGCGCUAUCCCUUUUUGGUCAUGCAGUUCAAGCGCGACGAAGAGGUCAAUCUCGACCUGAACAUGAAGGAAGAGCUCCUUGAGACCAAAUACAAGGACAAGCUGCAGUCACACUACGAAGCACCAAUCUCCGUCGUCGUUUCGGAGAUCUUCCGUGGUCUCUCCGGAAAGCGUGUGACGAAGCCGUCAAAGGAGUUUCUCAGUCACCACGAACAAGCUGGAGUUAAGUGUUCCAUCAAAGCUAACGAGGGUCAUUUGUUCUGUUUGGACAAGGCUUUCAUGUUCGUGCCCAAGCCGGCGACGUACAUCAGCAUGGACAACAUUGCCUCGGUGACAAUGUCCCGUGUUGGCGGCGCGAUGGCCGCCAGCCGAACAUUUGAUAUCACAUUCACGAUGAAGGGAGGCCUUGCUGAGCACCAAUUCAGCAACAUCAACCGAGAGGAGCAACAACCCCUCGAGUCCUUCUUCAGGGCCAAAGGUAUCAAGACAAAGAACGAGAUGGCAGAUGAUUCCGGAGCGAUCCUCGCGGCAGCGCUUCAGGACGAUGACCUUGCAUCGAGCGAUGGCGAGGUCGCCAACCGCGGUAGUGCCGAUGAGGACGAUGAGAGUGUCGAUGAAGACUUCCAGGCCGAGUCGGAAUCCGAAGUUGGAGAGGAGUUCGAUGAGAACCAUGAAAGCAGCGGAUCCGAUAGCGACGAGGAGAUGGGAGAUGCCGACGGCGAUGAGGGAGACGAAGGCGCGUCAGGCGACGAGCAAGUUAUGGAGGAGGAGCAGCUCGUUGAGCGGCCGAAGAAGAAGCAGAAGAUGUCAAAGUGAUUCUAGCGCAGGGAUGCGCAAAACGUGGCACGGGCAGUAGCGCAGCGGCGAGGACGGGUGCAUCAGGGUGGAAGGACGGCUUGAAGCAUCCAUCCCCUUGCCUUCCGGAUUUGUGCCGAAAAGCCCAGCAUAAUUAGCAUUACAGAAAGGGAGUUAUGGGAGUCUUCUUGGAUGCAUGGGCGUUAGGAAACUGGUGCAUUCUCCGCGUGCGCGCAGGGAGUGUAGGGUUUGGGUGAAGUCGGGAAGAAGUUGAGGGAGAAGGCUCCGACGGAGCUGAUUUGAUAUAUGCGGCUGGCCGGCCGGUCAAGCUGGGCGAAGAUGGGGCGAAUAGUAAGGGAAGCAUCGGCACCGCUAUUCUAGAAGGGCCGAGGGGAGGAAGGGAGG